CCGACCAGCUGCGAUUGAAUUUGCUACUAAUUGUGCUGGAAACCGGAACCCAUUCUGGAGACGUGGAAACCCGCCACAUCAACCACACUUUCGUUUCCUCCAAAUUCUUCGAGGGAAAAAGCCACCACCCAGCCCUAGACGCUCUUAAAUUCCACCAGAACGCCACCAGGGACAGACAGAAAAUCAUGGCGUCAACCUCCGAUGUGCACGGUUCCUCUCCCGUUCCGACGAUGCCCCAGCCAAAUGACAACGGCCGCGCACACAUGUCCUCCCUUUCCUCAUCAUCUUCUAUCUCCGACGCAGAAACCGAACGCCGCGGUCGUUCCGAACGUCCUCGUAUGGCCAGUCGGAAACCCAGUGCCUCCAUACUAGUUCCACGAGACCACCCUGAGAUUGAAAUUGAAGAAGAAGAAUUUCCCCCGGAUGACGCACGCGCGAUGAGUCCCCGACGUAACUCUGCUGAUCUGGAGCGACUGGGAAAGGAAGCCAGACAGACCUUGCAGGAACAAGCAAAGGCGCUCCAGUCCUCCCUUCAGGCACUUGCCGAACGUAUCGAAGCAGUGAAAUCGGAUCACGACAAACUCGAAAGUGAAAACAAAUUCUUGCAGGACUACAUUGGUGGAUUGACUCAAAAAAUGACCAAGAGUGAAAUGACGAGAUCCAGCACCAAGGUCAGAAAGUCGCAAAAAUAGGCGUGACGCCCAUCAACAUCCCGGCUGGUAGAGCCCAUGACAGGGCUAGCGGUGUCUCCACUUGUAUAGCGAAAACGAAAGAACUGUACGAGAUUCGUCUCCGCCAUGGUUUGAUUGUACAUUUCAGCAACUACGCAUAUCACCUUCUUAGGUCUCCCUUGGCGACACGUUCUUUUGACUGGUUGUCGGAGCACCAUCCGUUGUGCGGGCGAUCACACCGCACUAUAAUACGUAUCAACAUCACGAGAGAAAUCGAUUCUUUGACUGCAUGUCGUGCGGCGGAGUCGGAAUGACAACGGCGCUUAUCCGGGAGCCACUCGUGCUAGA